AUGGGGGUGCAGCAUGCACAGUGCGCAGAUGAGUGCGCAGACGAGCGCGCAGGCCAGCGCGAAAGCGGCGCGGAUGUGCGAUCGGCCAAUGUCACUGCUGUCAUGGCAGGGUGCUCGGAUGGGGUUCUUUGCUGGAAGCCGAUUGUUCGCUCUCAUAAGUUGUUGUUGCCCCACGUGCUUGCAAAGCCCGAGGCCUUGGCCAACAUCCUGAAGUCCUCCCUGGGACCGCAGGGCUUGGACAAGAUGCUGGUGGACGACAUCGGUGACGUGACCAUCACCAAUGAUGGCGCGACAGUGCUGAAACAGCUGGAGGCGCGACUGCGGUGUCCCCUGAUCCGCCGCGACGUGUUGUGGGAAUCGGGUUUAGCAGCUUGGCAACUCUUUCUCUACACAGCUCGUUCCUACGUGGAGCAUCCGGCAGCGAAGGUUUUGGUGGAGCUGGCCAACCUUCAGGACUCGGAGGUGGGCGACGGGACAACUUCUGUCGUGAUCAUCGCUGCAGAGCUGCGCCUCGGAAGCCAUGGAGACCCCAAGUUCGUUUCUUCGGCUGCUGGGAGUCGAGUUGAGUCGUGCCAGAGUUUGAACAUCGAUCUCAGGCUGAAGAGGGCCAAUGAACUGGUCAAGAACAACAUCCACCCCACGACGAUCAUCGCGGGCUAUCGCCUCGCCAUGCGGGAGUCCAUCAAGUACAUCCAGGAGCAUCUGAGCCUGAAGGUGGACACGCUGGAACAGGCCCAUUUUCCGGUUCCCCAAGUUCUCCAAGUUCUCUUAGGAGGGCACUCCCUCUGGCAGGGGGCGAGAGAAGCGCGCAGUUUUUUCAAGCGCUGUUUUUUUUGUUGGCGGGGCUUUGGUUUGCUGGGGAGGGACACCUGGAGGGGAAACAUCGCCAAAGGACCUCGCUUCUCUCGAGUUCAUCCGGCUCGGAGGGAGUGCCAGGGGGCCAGGCACAAAAACGCUCCUUUGCGCGCGGGACUAUUCAAUUUUUUGGAAGAGCCUUGA